CUCUCUCUCACUCUCUCUCUCUGCAGCUUCAGGAGGCUCCUGCUCUCACCACAGGGACGAAAAUUUCAAGCAAAAUGACGGCCGCCCACAUCCUGCUUGUCCUGCUUGCGCUGCUCCAGCUGACCUGCGGCCAGUACGAGCACCUGGGCUACCCGCCGGGCUACCCCGAGCCGGAGCAGGAGCAGUACACCCCCCCGCAGCUGGCGCCGGACACGCCGCGCAUCCAGCUCCGCCUGGCGGGAGACAAGAGGAAGCACAACGAAGGCCGGGUGGAGGUUUUCUACAACGGCGAGUGGGGCACCGUCUGCGACGACGACUUCAACAUCCACUCGGCGCAGGUGGUGUGCAGGGAACUGGGCUACCUGGAGGCCGUGUCCUGGUCUCCGUCCUCAAAAUAUGGAAAAGGAGAAGGACCAAUCUGGUUUGACAAUCUGCACUGCACCGGUAAAGAAAAGACGCUGGCGCUGUGCCCGUCCAACGGCAUCGGCGUUUCAGACUGCAAACACAGCGAAGACGUGGGCGUGGUGUGCAGCGACAGGAGGAUCCCGGGGUUUAAGUUCGUCAACACGCUGCCCAACCACGUGGAGAACAUGGAUAUCCAAGUGGAGGACGUGCGCAUACGAGCCAUCCUGUCAUCGUACCGCAAGCGGAUCCCGGUGACCGAAGGCUACGUGGAGGUGAAGGACGGAGGCAAAUGGAAGCAGAUCUGCAGCUCGGACUGGACCGAGCUCAACAGCAGAGUCAUCUGCGGCAUGUUCGGCUUCCCCGGGGAGAGGAAGUACAACGCCAGAGUCUACAAGAUGUUUGCUCGCAGGAGAAAGCCGUCGUACUGGGACUUCUCCGUCAACUGCACAGGCACCGAGGCACAUCUGUCCAGCUGCAAACUGGGCCAGGUCACCUCGGUGAAGUCCAACGGGACCUGCAGCGGCGGCCUGCCGGUGGUGGUGAGCUGCGUUCCCGGUAGAGCCUUCGCCCCGACGCCAAUGACCGGAUUCAGGAAGGCCUUCAGACAAGAGCAACCGCUGGUGCGCCUCCGAGGCGGGGCCAUCGUGGGCGAGGGCCGAGUGGAGGUGUUGAAAAACGGAGAGUGGGGCACCAUCUGCGACGAUAACUGGAACCUGCUGUCGGCCACCGUGGUGUGUCGAGAGCUGGGCUUCGGCACUGCCAAGGAGGCGCUCUCCGGAGGCCGCCUGGGACAAGGUAUGGGUCCGGUGCACAUGAACGAGGUGCAGUGCUCAGGAUUUGAGAAGUCCAUCACAGAGUGCUACUUCAACAAAGAGUCUCUGGGUUGCAGCCACGAGGAGGACGCGGCCGUCAGGUGUAACGUCCCCGCCAUGGGCUUCCAGGAGAGGCUGCGUCUGAGCGGCGGUCGGAACCCGUAUGAGGGCCGUGUGGAGGUGCUGGUGGAGAGGAACGGCUCUCUGGUUUGGGGCACGGUGUGCAGCGAGGGCUGGGGGACCAUGGAGGCCAUGGUGGUCUGCAGGCAGCUCGGCCUCGGCUUCGCCAGCAGCGCUUUCCAGGAGACGUGGUACUGGCCGGGCGAGGUGAGCGCAGACGGCGUGGUGAUGAGCGGCGUCCGCUGCUCGGGCACGGAGAUGUCUCUGUCUCACUGCCUGCACCACGGAGACCACCUGACCUGCAAUAAAGGAGGCGGCCGCAACGCCGCCGGAGUCUCCUGCUCCGAGACCGCCCCCGACCUGGUGCUGAACCCACAGGUGGUGGAGCAGACCACCUACAUGGAGGACCGGCCCAUGUUCAUGCUGCAGUGCGCCUACGAGGAGAACUGUCUGUCCUCCACCUCCAGCCAGGCGCCCGCCAACUCCUACCGCCGCCUGCUGCGCUUCUCCUCGCAGAUCCACAACAACGGGCAGUCCGACUUCAGGCCCAAAGCCGGCCGCCACUCCUGGGUGUGGCACGACUGCCACCGGCAUUAUCACAGCAUGGAGGUGUUCACCGUCUACGACCUGUUCAGCCUCAACGGGACCAAAGUGGCAGAGGGACACAAAGCCAGUUUCUGCUUGGAAGAUUCGGAGUGUGACGAAGGUAUCGAGAAGGUGUAUGAAUGCGCUAACUUUGGGGAGCAGGGCAUCACUGUGGGCUGCUGGGAUACCUACCGACAUGACAUUGACUGCCAGUGGAUCGACAUCACCGAACUCAAACCUGGAGACUACAUCUUCCAGAUUGUAAUUAAUCCGAACUACGAAGUGCCAGAGUCGGAUUACACCAACAACAUCAUGAAAUGCAGAUGUCGAUACGACGGCCACCGUGUGUGGAUGUACAGCUGUCAUAACGGAGGCUCAUUAAGCACUGAAACGGAGCAGACGUUCCCCGGCCUCCUAAACAACCAGGUGACCCACAGGUAAACCAGCAGCAGGGGGCACCAAGUACACCGUCUGAAGCCCACCGACCACCUGUUGAAUCGCUGAAUCAUCAAACCUUUGAACCAUCGAACCACUGAACCGUCUCCGUCUGUGCUGACCACCCUGACCUGGUCCAACCCGUUCCUUUUCAUCCAAAUCCAGAAUCAGAUCCAGAGACUCCUCAAGAGAUGGGUGAAACUCUGUGGAUGCCUUUUUUCCCUUCCUUUUCCUCAGUGCAGAUGUUUCAUUCUGGGAGGAGCUUCUUUGAAUUGCAGCACUUUACCAGAACCGAUCUCCUUCCACUCUGGAUUUCAGUGUCAGAUCGUCCGACAGCAUCCAGACAAACAGCAGCUGCGCCCACUGUUGUCAAUGUUGAGGCGCCUGAAGUCCAGAGGUCCUGAGGUCAGGCCAGCAUUUCCUCUGGAGAAAGUCUUCAAGAAGCAAACACAGCAUUUGUCGUGGAUUUUUUUUCUUUUAAGUAACUGGAGCGUUCACUCUGGUGUUCUCAUGGACGAAGCUUCAGUCACAUUUUUGAAGAAGAGUUGCACUACGGUCCAGUUGGUGUCAUGAAAAUGUGUCUGAGGCAGUCUUAUUUACCCAAAUACUCUAUAUCUUUCCUUUUCAUGAUAUGUAGCAACAUUUAAGCUAAUAAUAAUAAGGGACCUCAUGUCUGUCAUUCUCUCCGCUCCUCGUCAGUGAAGCUGUGCUGCCCUCAAGUGGUGUAAUGGAGUACUGCACAACUUCUGGGUUUUCCAGCCUCUAAGAAAGGCUGUUUAACUCCUUUGGUCUCAGAAUUACCACAAAACACAGGUACACACACACACAAAUAAAAAACUGAAGAAGGGGUCCUGGGCAGCAGGUUGAACACCACCGGGUUGAUGCGUCAGUUGAGGCUCAUGAAGAAGAUUUGCAUCCUGGUGUUGAGUUUUCAUCAAUUGCCUUCGGUUGAUUGGUUUCCAUUUUUUGUUCGUUUUAUUUGAACUUUAAAUCUAAAAACAAUGUUUAAUAACCAAUACCCGAGAUCCAAACAUCAUUCUGAGCUCAGGCUGAACAACAUAUCACAUUGUUACUGCUUUGAAGUGAAGAAAAGCAGUUAAUUGAAAUUAAAGUAAGAAAAAAGGGUCAAGUUAUUAAAAUAUCAAUCAAUUGAUGAUGUUCUCCUGAAACUGUUCAAAUUUCAAGUGUCAGUGGACUUUAGGGCAAAACAUGGCCGAUUUAUUCCUUCUCGCAAUGACAAUCUUGCUGUUUGCACCAGUGCUUGAGUCUCUCUGUAACUAAACAAGACGUUGAGAUCUACAUGUCUGAAGAGGCUGAAGAAUAUACCGACAUCGAUACGUGGAAUAUACGAAUCACCAAAGACUGUAAAUAUAAUGAUGUUUCUGUGCAGUACUGAGGAUUUAUCUUUUGCAAAUUGAACCAGAAUUUUUAACAAUUGUAAAAAGAUUAAUCACAAAUAAUGGAAGAAAAUGCUGCAACCCUCCAUUUCUUUACUGCCUUGAGGCGAAAACCACCCAUGCCGAGAGAAAGAGCACUGUUACUUGGAAGAACCAAGCAGAAAGACUUGAACAUCAUCAGAAAACGUGUUUGUAUUUAAGAUCAUGUGGUUGUCGUGAUACUUGACAUUUAUAUUCUCAACUCCUUUUUCUAAUCAGAUGUCGGAUGUUCACCCUGAAGUGUCGUCACUAAAAACAGCCUUACUCUUACUAUCAGGUUUCUUUAAACCUUUUUUUUUUUUUUUUUGUGGAAAACCAUGUGAAUCCAGUAUUUUUCCUUUUUCCUUUGUUCAUGGUGCUACGGAGCUGGCCCUCUGUUUUCUGAGGGCGCAGCUCAUGUUGAACAGCUCCGUUAUGUAUACGAACCGUAUACUUGGACUGACAAUGUGCUUUGUGUGUUAAGCUAUAAUAAAAGUUAU